GAUAGAUAUUAUUUGUUUCUUUAUUUCCCCUUCUAUUGAUAUAUCCAAGUGUACUGUAGACACUCAUUAUGGCUCUCUGGGAGUAGCAUUAUCUUCAGCAAUUUGAAGUUACUUGUAAAUAUGCAUGUGAUGGGGUAGCCCUCUUUAAAUGCCUAAUUGUUUGCUAUAUUUAUAAGAUCUUGCUUUGCCUUUGUUCAUUUCUUUCAUAUCAGUUAUUUCUCCUUUGGCUUCUACCUUUCUCUUCCCUCCAAAGACCUACCAAAUGAUAAAGAAUUGGCUUUCUGGUUUUAUUAGGGUUUCUUUGUGGAUUCUUGAAGCAAUGGAAGUUUUUGGAAUUGGGUUUUUUAUUAGGGUUAUCAAGAAAGCUUUCUUUGUUACUUCCACUUGCGUUCUUGCAUUAGGAGGGGCUGUUUUGGGAACAAUAGUAGGAGCCAUGAAAGGGCAGACAACAGAAACUGGGUUUCUUCAUGGCUCUGCAAUAGGUGCUGUGACCGGUGCAGUCACUGCCGUACAAUUGUUGGAAUCAAUUGCUGAUGAUGGUGAGCCAUUGUCUAAGGUUGCUCUAUUUUAUAGCUUGAUGAAUGGGAAGGUCUUCAUGGAAUGGGUAAGUCCAGCAUUGCUAAAAGCUUAUCAAUGGCAAAUUAGUGCAUUGGAAACCACUUACAGAGAAAUUUCAGACAUCUAUGAUACAAGUGGAAAUAGAGGUUUAUCUAAGAAUUGCAUUCAAAAGCUUCCUCAGCUAAAAUUCCAAAUUAGUGACAACUUGGAUCAUUGUCAUGAAAUCUGUUGUUCGAUUUGUUUACAGGAUUUUAAGGAUGGGGAUUCCAUGAGAAAGCUUCCCUUUUGUGGGCACUUCUUUCACUUGGACUGCCUAGAUAAAUGGCUGAUCAGAAAUGGCUCUUGUCCAAUGUGUAGAAAUUAUAUUUGCAAUGACCAUGAAUUGUAAACUAAUGGUUUUGGCUCUCCAAUUAAUCAACAAGUAGCUUAAAAGGAAAUGAAAAGAUUGAUAACUGGGUUCUAGUUUUA